UCCCCCUCCGCGUCUCUCUCCAUAUCUCUUCUCGAGUGGCACUUGUGUAAAUUUAUUCAGUUCAAGAACCUGCUCCUCUUCUUCCAUGACCACAGUCUUCGAAUCCCUUCCCAUACCUCGCUCUCAUCGCUUCCGUACAGCUGUUUCCACCACUCCGAAAUGCUGUUCAACGCUCCAAGGGAAGCGCUCGAGAAUAGGAGCCUGUACACCACCGCUCACGUUAGCACCGACCCCGGCGUGUGCCAGGAGCCGCUUGCUAACUGUCUGCAAGGCGCAGGAGACCGUUACCAAAGUUCCAAGGAGGCAUGUAACGGCUUUCAUGUUGUCGAGUUUAAUCUUCUCACAAAUGGGUGCACGUGAUGUCGCCUUGGCCGAGCAGUCAAUCGGGUUCAGGGAAUACAUAGACACCUUUGAUGGCUAUACAUUCAACUAUCCUCAGAACUGGAUUCAAGUUCGAGGUGCUGGUGCAGAUAUUUUCUUCAGGGAUCCUUUCGUUCUUGAUGAAAAUCUGUCUGUGGAGUUAUCGUCUCCUUCAUCCUCUCGAUACAAAAGUGUCGAAGACUUGGGUCCUCCGGCAACAGCUGGGGAGAAAGUCCUAAAGCAAUAUUUGACUGAAUUCAUGUCCACAAGACUCGGCGUUCGGCGCGAAUCGAACAUCCUUUCCACAUCCUCAAGAGUUGCUGAUGAUGGGAGGAUCUACUAUCAAGUUGAGGUAAACAUAAAGUCAUAUGCUAACAGCAAUGAGUUGGCUGUUAUGCCACAAGACCGGAUAACUCGUCUUGAAUGGGACAGGCGUUACCUUUCAGUUCUAGGAGUUGAAAACAACCGUUUGUAUGAGCUGAGAUUGCAAACCCCAGAAAAUGUAUUCUUGGAGGAAGAAGGCGAUUUGCGCCGAGUUAUGGAGUCCUUCAGAGUAAUGAAGGUGAUGGGCUGAAUCUUGUGCUUGCGACGAGCAAAACUGAAGUUUUGGUCACUGAGUUGAUUUGUCGGUUCUUACAGAACAUAACCCGAGAUUUGUUCACUGUAGAUUUCUUGGUGAUGGGACACACCUGUCUUUUAGGUAGCAUGUGAGACUAAGUAGUGCCAAAUAACAAGGUGCAAUUUGUGUUUGGGUCGAUUGGAAGGCAGAAACUUGUGUGAGCAGAUUCCGACUUUGCUGCCUUAUCUGCCUAAGUCACAAGCACGGAAAGGUCCCAAAUAUUCGCGACCAUUGCACCAGCGAAUCAUGUUGACCUUUUGGAACCAGAACCCCUUCUCCACAAUUUCACUAGAGGUUGAGUUUGUUUUAGUUAUUUGGUUGGCUGUGUUGCAAAAUCCUGAUUGGUGGUGCACCCAAACACACCCCAAGCUAGGAUCAAAGACACUGAAACCCGGACGCCUCUAUCACAUUUACAAGAGUCUUAUCGGUUGCCACUGUAGCAAUAAAAUGGAUGCUGGGAAAGAGCAAUUGAUAUCUGCAAAGGGUCAUGACCCCUUGAUGCAUAUUUGGGAUUGCUGUAUUUUACAAUUGGGUUUUGACCUCCCUUUCUUGGUUUACCUCAGUUGAGAUCCAGUUCGAAUUGUUCUUACCUUAAAAAUUCCUGUGCAGGACAGGACCCACCUAUGAUCAUGGUUGAUGAUUGGAUAGGAAAGGCCCACCAUGGACUGCUUAUGGCCCCAAUGUUACCAUUGCCAAAUGAUCAUAAUGAUCUUAGUGUCCUUUUUCAAAACCUUAAUUAGGUGGAUUUGAUCAUCUAAUCAUUAAGUAAGCAUUCCAUGGUUUUUGCUCAGGAUAUGUAGAAAUAACAAGUUAUCCAUUUUUUUUACUGUUGCAGCCUUUUGUUGCUCUUGGGCCUGUUUGGUUUCGCAAUUACAACGCUAAAUGGCUGUAAAUGAGUUAUGAUUAUUUACUCUUGCAAUUGUGUGGUAACAUUACUUACAUUUGACUGCAAUGAUGACUUUGGUACAUUAUUUGUGAA